ACACAACUUUGCCUAUGUCUAUGUAAAAAUACACCCAUUACAUAACAGGAAGAUUUUAACUUAGUAUGUGUAAGAUUUUUGCUCACUAACAAGAUUUUGGUUGCCAAUACAUAUUGUAUAAUAUGGGACAACCCUGUAUCCACAGGAGUUAUGUUUGAAGACCUGUGGAUACCUUAAACCAUGAAUAACAGUGAACUGUAUGUUUUGAUACUUGGGUUGAAAGUAUAAUAUAGAAGUUCACUAAAGGACCCAAAAAGCUGAAAAACACUUCAGUGGAUAUUUGUUUGGAGCAUUAGUAAGUAAAAUUAUGUCUGUGAAUAUGGGGGCUGUACUGUACUUUAAAUAUGUGUGGUUAGGAUUAGGGUUAUGGUUACAUUGUCUCUUCUGUAUGUAUAGUUAGCUAUUCACAUUUGCACGUUUGACUCUUGCAAAUUUGAAUUAUUUACAGAUUUGAUUAAAAUAUUCUGUCUAUGAAUUUCUAAGUCUCCAUUGUGAUUCUAUGUUCAACUUAUGCUGGAAGUUGACCAUAGAAUUGCACUGAAGAACACAGAGAUUCCAAGAAAGAAAUUUUUAAUCAAAUCCAGAAAUAAUCACAUCAACAGAAGUUGCGCCCAUAGAGUGCUACUGAAGGAUCUAGAGAAGAGAAAUAUUCUCCCAGGUUAAAAAGGCAGGUUUUUUAUUCAUGCUUUUCCUCACUUUUUUUAGUGACUCUGUGCUCCUCUAACCUCAAUGAGUGUUGAGGGCUGACUGUACUAUAAAAUUUAUAUAAUGUGAAAUUUAUAUCAAGUGAAAAUCAAUGUAAUGGCCAAACCCCUAAAGGCAACAUUAUGACUGGGGUGAAGGUGUUAUUCUUUGUGUUUGUUGGAAGAGGAAUCAUCUCAUCCCUUUCACUGAAAAAGCUCCCCUUUUUAAAUCUGGCACCUUACUCAGGAAUUGCCUAAUCAGGGAUUUUUAAUUUAGCAGCCUGUGUUUGUCAUUUGUCAUUCGGCUAAAGGGAUAAUUUUCUGUGUUUUACAGAUCAGCGGAUGUUAUAAUGCUCUGAGUCAUGUUUCUGUUGAUUUUAUAAAACAAACAAGGAGUAUAUAUAGAAGGCUACUUAGAAACUCUUGAACAGAUCCAUUGGCACAGGCUGUGGAGUUCUUGGAGUUGGCAACUGGGAUCCAGAGUGAAAGCCAAAAUGAAAUGCUUUCUGCUGAUGAUUGCACUCUAUGGAGCACUGUCUUCUGCUCUACCCUUAAACCAAGAAAUUGAGGAAGUUUCAGAAAAUGACAUGGAGCUUGCCAAGAAAUACAUGCAAAACUACUAUCCCGAAUCGGAGUCAACACCUGUUUUGAGAAGUAAAAAAGGCGUUGAUAAGGAAAAAAUAAAACAAAUGCAGAACUUUUUGGGUCUGAAGGUAACAGGGAAACUGGAUUCAAGCACUCUGGAAGCAAUGAAGAAACCCAGAUGUGGGGUUCCUGAUAUAGCAGAAUACCGUACCUUCCCAAUGUCUCCAAAAUGGGAAAAGAAAGACCUGACAUAUAGUAUUCAAAACUAUACACCAGACAUGGAGCGUGCUGAUGUAGACAAUGCAAUUGAGAGAGCCUGGAAAAUGUGGAGUGAUGUAACCCCAUUAACCUUCACAAGAGUUUAUGACGGCUCUGCAGAUAUAGAAAUUUCAUUUGCUUCUGGAAAUCAUGGUGACUAUAUUCCCUUUGAUGGACAAGGUGGGCAGCUGGCUCAUGCAUAUUCUCCAGCUUAUGGUGGAAAUGCCCAUUUUGAUGAGGAUGAAACCUGGAUGACAUCUUCAACAGGAAUCAACCUUUUUAUUGUUGCUGCCCAUGAGUUCGGUCAUUCUCUGGGUCUUUAUCAUUCCAGGGAGUUGGAUGCUCUGAUGUUUCCGACUUACCAGUUUGGGGACCCCCAAACAUUAAAGCUUCAUAGAGAUGACAUUGAAGGCAUCCAGCAUCUGUAUGGGCCCCCUGAAGAAGACAACAGUGAGCCAGAAAACCCUACAGAAAAUAAUGAAAAAUUGUUAGCAGAUUCCUGUGAUCCUAAUCUGGCUUUUGAUGCUGUUGUUAGUCUCCGAGGAGAAACCAUCUUCUUUAAAAACAGUUUUUUCUGGCGAAAAAAUCCACUGAGAAGAGAGGUUGAGAAAGAUCCCAUUUCUGCUUUCUGGCCAACUUUGAACCACGGCAUAGAUGCUGCUUAUGAAGAUGAAGACAAUGACACAGUCUUUCUAUUUAAAGGACAUAAGUAUUGGGCUACCAAGGGAAACAUUAUUCAGCCAGGUUUUCCAAAGAACAUCCACAGCCUGGGUUUCCCCAAAACUGUGAAGAGAAUUGAUGCAGCUUUUUAUGACAGAAACUCAAAGAAAACAUACUUCUUUUCUGGCAGCAAUUACUGGAGAUAUGACAAAACCAGGAAUUCCAUGGAGAACCCAAGGAAGAUUACAACUGAAUUCCAUGAAGUUGGUCCUGAAGUGGAUGCUGCUUUUCUGCAUAAUGGACGCAUCUAUUUAUUCCGUGGCUCACUGCAAUAUGAAUAUGACAGCAGAAACAAACAAUUUCUUGGCAGAAAGAAGAGCAAUAGCUGGUUUGACUGCCAGUAAUGUUUGGGCAAGAAAGAGAGAGAAGUCACUGAAAACAAUGGGUUCCCUUUUUCCUCCAUACACCAAGCGCUGUCAUGUUGGUUGUUCUUCCGUUCUAGUAUUUAUGAAUCAAAGAAAAACAUGCAGGCACUACUUCUCAAUAAGAUAGAAUGACCAUAUAUAUAUAUAUAUAUAUAUAUAUAUAUAUAUAUAUAUAUGAUAUAAAUUGUUACCUCAGACUAUUUAUUCAUUUUUAUGA